AAAGCUCCAAAUGUAGUUGCCUUGCAAGCUACAUGCAUCAGGAAAGCUGAUUCAUUAAUGUCACAAGUGCGCAUUUUAAGAACGUUCUACGCAUAAUGAAUGAGUUGUCUUUAUUGCUCCUUCCUGUUGAAAAUAUGCCUUCUUUUUCGUUCUGAAAACGAGCCGUGCACUUUCCUCAACUCAUUGGCACGUCAUUGCCUUUCCAUUCGACCAGCUGCCGAUGUAAACGCAUUCAUCAGUAACACGUGCAUUGGAAACGCAUAUGUCCAAACCCUGCUUAAGGGUACCUUCUUUUUGAUCAAUCAGACUUCUAGAUGACAACUGCAUCUCCUGCGCAAGAAAUGUAAUUAAACGAGGAAAUCAAUAGACGCAUCUAAGAGUAGCCAACCAAUGAAAUUCUUCGUUUAAAUUAGCAUUUUACAUCUGUGACGACGCGGCCAUUAACUUGCAAGUGGUCAACAGUCUGUCCGCCACCCAGGAAGCAUCGGGCAGAAUGUAUGUGAUGGAGGGAACGCGCCCACCGAAGGAAUUCUGAAAGCUCACCUGUAACCACCGCUUUAUCGCCGACCACAAUAAAACGGAAUAAAUGCUCAAUCUGGAGCGAUGAUUUAGAUCCGUACAUUGAGUAUUUCAACGCGAGGCGCGCGGAUGCCAGUGAGGCAGGUUUCCGCGAGCAGACACCUGUGUGUGUUUUUCCUGCGGAGGAUUGCUGUUCUGUCAGGCUGUUUUAUCAGCCUUGUCAGAGAGGGUUUUUUCUUAACCAAAAAGCAGCUGCAGUCUACUACUCUACAAGGGAAGCCACGGAGCAGCGGCGGAGGAGCAGUCUCAGACACGUUAUUCAUCUGCUGAUAGCCGGAAAGUGUGGACGAUUUACCUUAAUGAAAAGCGUGUGCCCAGCAGAGAUAGUGCCAAAAGCUAAGUGCUGAAAACGUAGGGGUUCUUGGCCUUGGAGGAACCUUGGAAGACUGACAGCGGCCGUGCGGAAUGUUACAUUAACGGGAAUGAAUAAACAAUUACGUGACUGGUCGGGAGCGCACAGAUGCUCAACCUCCAUACAGCGCUGGCCGCAGUUCUGAAGCUCCAGUAUGUUUAUCAUUGGGAUCGUAUCUUCAGACCAUAUUAACACGUGUGGCAGUGAAGAUAACGUAUAGAGAUCUUAUAGAUCCAACGUGAAGAUGCCUAAAAUGCUUGAUCUGAAGUAUCGCUUAAAAUCUUAAAAGAGAACAGGGUAUCAUAUUCGGUUUAAUUGGAAACACUCACAGUGGGAUAGUGGAAAGGCUAUAAUAACUCUGGAUAAUAUAGAGACCAUAUGGACUGAAAUAUGACCAGGAUAUAGUUUUAAAGGGGUUGAAUAACGAACGGAAAGGAAGCCACAUUUCUAAGGACAAAGAUUCUUCUGCCAUGAUGCUGGCGGCGCGUGUUGAUACACAUUCGUGAAUACGGUUCCCUUUUUAGAAUACAGGAAUUUCAUUUAUGAGUAGUUUUCAUAGGACAAAAAUGAAGCAAAAUAUGUAACCUAUGCUUCAAAGUGCUGAUAGCAGCAGCUUUUAAAUCUCUGGCAACGUUACGUCCAACGCGAGCGCUAUUUUAAAAACUGCCAUAAUGUGGUGAACAACGAAGUUCAUUACAAGUGGACCCUUGAAGUACACUGGACUGUUGAUAUUUUAUUUUAAUCGCCGAAGAAAAUCAUUUCAAGAAGAUGACUCGCUCCAUCAUUUUUGUGAACUCCGUCGUACUGUUGCUCUUUGGAAGUGACCUUUUUUUGGUGCGAGCCAAUCGCCCCCCUGCUCCUGUCAACGUCUCUGUCACACACCUGCGGGCCGACUCAGCCACUGUGUCCUGGGACGUCCCAGAGGGAGAUGUGAUCAUUGGCUUCUCCAUCUCUCAGCAGAGACAGGACGGCCACAUGCAGAGACUGAUCCGGGAGGUGAACACCACGAGCCGGGCCUGUGUGCUGUGGGACUUGGAGGAGGAGACGGAUUACAUCAUCCAGGUGCAGUCCAUCGGUCUGUACGGGGAGAGCCAGGCCAGCAGGAAGGUGCACUUCCGCACCCUGAAGAAAUCCGACCGCUUCCAGUCCAACAGCUCCAACCAAGAUGACCCGACGGUGCAGGGCUUGGAUAAGUCCCGACAGCUGCAGACGGGAGAGAUGAUCAUCAUCGUGGUGGUACUCGUCAUGUGGGCAGCUGUCAUCGCCUUGUUUUGCCGGCAGUAUGACAUCAUAAAGGACAAUGACUCCAGCAACAGUAAGGAGAAGGCCAAGCCAUCGUCAGAGCGCAGUACCCCAGUACACCACAGUGGGGGGCUGCUGAGGAGUAAGUUCCAGUCUGUGCCCUCAAUCAACAUCAUCGAUGUCUGAGUCGGAACCCCACUUUCCCUCAGUCGGAACCCCACUUUCCCACAGUCGGAACCCAACUUUCCUUCAGUCGGAACCCCACUUUCCCACAGUCGGAAUCCCACUUUUCCUCAGUCGGAACCCCACUUUUCAAUAAUCGGAACUUCAGCCGGAACUUCACUUCUGUUCUCACCCACAUUUCUCAGCACUGUAAGCAUUUUUAAAAUUCUGUGCAUGCAUCUUUUUAUCCAGGAACUGUAAAAUGGUCUACUCCUCUGCCAUGGCGAAUCGAGGCCGACUGAAAUGAUUGUCAAUGAUUCAUGCAACUGCGUUCUAAAGCAAUGUAAAGUUCAACACAUUAGUUAAAGAGUUGCAUGUUGGUCAUUAAUCUGUGCAGCAAUUGGUGUAGUUUGUAAUAAAACACCAUUCUUAUGUACUAAACGAAUGCAAGAAUGAUAAUAGAAGUAAUAAACUAAUAUUAUAGAUGUAAAAUGUAUGCCGACCUACAAUAAUUGCAUAAUAGAUUGCUGACUAAUUACUUACCUGAUAGUCUUUUCUUACACAGACGUACAGCAGUGUCUUUUAAUUAGUUUUGUUGUGUUCAGACUGGCCAGUUAUAAAUGUACUACACAGAGUUAAAAGUGCAAUAUGCCCCAUGUAUGAAUAAAGUGCCUCUAUGCACCA